AUGAAAUCCAUAAACCUGAUAUCCAUACUGAUAAUGAUCGUGCUCUACUGGUCACUCGUAGCAGCCCAAUAUGAUUCUCCUCAAGAAACGACACUAGUACCACAGCAAAACAUUGUAAACACCGACGACUUUGCCAAGGACAAACACCAGAAGAAACCUUCGAAUAGUCCUAAAAAGAGUCCCUACCAGACUCCGACACCAAUCGCAAUUGGGGGUCCAGUAUAUGCUCCUUCCCCACCAGGCUAUGAGGUGACUCCAAGUUCGGUUCCUUCACCGCCUGUUGGUGCUGGCGGUGCACCUCCAGCAACGAAUGGUGCUGUGCCGAUUCGUUCUCGUAUCAAUGCCAUUGCCACUGGACUUCCAAACGUGGUGCCAUUCGCAAAUGUUGCUGCUGACCAUCUCCGCUCUGCAUUUGAACCUUAUGGAAACGUCACAGACAGCUUUGUGCUCAAGGAUCGUGAAUCUGGUCGCAGUCGUGGAUUUGGCUUUGUGACCAUGUCGACUCCUGAAGAAGCAAACGCUGCAAUCAGCGCAUUGAAUGAAACUGAUCUCGAUGGACGAAACAUUCGGUUCAACCUCGCUGAAUCUGCUCCUCGCGGAGGUGGCGGAAGUAGUGGAGGCUAUGGUGGUGGUGGAGGUAACGUCUCUCUACAACCUGGUGGACGUGAUGCGUCCAAUGUUGAUUUGACAUUUUCAACCAUUCUCUUCUCUUGUGCAGGAUACGGUGGUGGUGGAGGAUACAGCAGUGGUGGUGGCGGAGGCUACAGUGGUGGUGGAGGAGGCUACCAACAACGUGGAUCCUCUUACAGCACUUACUGA